AUGGCAGAUGUCCGCGCCCUGCUCAAAGCCAAACGCCAAGAAGUCCGCAUAUCCCAUCCCUACGCGACCUACACCACUUCCGGUCAACUCAAAUGUUCGAUAUGCGCGAGCAUCGUGAAGCACGCCUCCGCGUGGGAGGGCCACCUGGGGAGCAAGGCGCACCGGACGAACAUCCUGCGGCUGAGGGAGGAGGAAAAGAGGCAGCAGGAGGCGCGGUUGGCGAAGGAGAGGGAGGAGGAGUUGGCGAGGGAAAGGGAGGAGGAAGAGCAGGAGGAGGAACCGGAACCUGCGGUGGAAGAGGUGAAGGGAAAGCGGAAAUCUCCCUCGAGUGCAGAGGCGGGGGCAAACCAUAUUGACAAGAAGCGCAAGGUUGAGGGUGUUCAACCUGCGCCUGCAAAGGCCGCGUCCACGUCGUCGUUCCCAGCAGACUUCUUCUCAGAUCCCAACCACGCACCUGUGCUACUCUCGGAGGAUGACGAGGACGAGGACGAAGACAAACCAACAGCAGAACCUACAAAAUCCAAACCCCAUGAACCCGCAUCUGUCGUCGAUCUGGAAUACGAGCGCUUCCAGCGCGAGUUGCUGGCCAGUGCACCAGCUGCAGAUCCUUCAGAGACGUUCGCCCGCGCGACGGUGUACGCUGAGCCAGUCAUUGUGUCAACGGAGACCGCUGGGCUGCCUCCAGAUGCAGGUGGUGCAGCGGAGGUACAGGAGGCACCAGAGCCGACGGAGGAGGAGCUCAGGCGGAAGAAGGAGCAAGAAGAGAGGGAGCUGAUCAUGGACAGGCUGCUGGAGGAGGAAAGGGCACAGGAAGACGCCGAUACGCGUGUUCAGGCGCUCAAGAACAAACUCGAGGGCCUGCGGAAGAGACGAGAAGCAAAGAAGACGAAAGCGAAGAGCUGA